AUGGACCUGCGCGACCUGGCGGCGGUGGUGGCAGUCAUCUACAUCUGUGGCCCCCUGGAGAUGCUUCACCAAGUCAUGCGCCGGGCCCAGUCGGAGGGCAUGACCAACGGCGACUACGUCUUCUUCUAUGUGGACGUCUUUGCAGAGAGCCUGCAAGGGGACGGGCACCAGGGGGCUGCCAAGCCCUGGCAGAGCAAGGAGGACCAGGACUCGGGCACCCUGCGGGAGGCCUUCCAGACGGUGCUGGUGAUCACCUACCAUGAGCCCCAAACGUCUGAGUACCGAAACUUCCAGAACCAGGUGAUCCUGAGGGCUCGUCAGCACUAUCAGGUGGAGCUCAGUAGUUCACUGAAAAACCUGGUGGCAGGCUGCUUCCACGACGGGCUUCUCCUUUACGCCCUGGCCUUGAACGAGACCCUCCACGAGGGCGACACAAAGCUUAACAACAGCCGCAUCCUGGAGAAGAUGAAGGGGCGCAGGUUCCAGGGGGUCACUGGGACCGUGAGCAUGGAUCAGAACAAUGACCGCGACACGGACUUCAAUCUGUGGUCCAUGGUGGAGGGGGAUAGUGGCGAGUACCAGGUGGUGGGACACUACGUGGGAUCAGAGAAGCAGCUGAAGUGGCUGGGACCCAUCCUCUGGGUGAAGGGACAACCGCCUCUCGAUAACCCCCCCUGUUUUGACAUGGAUGACCCCUCCUGUGACAAAAGCGCACUCAGCACCCUGGCAAUCCUGGCCCUGGGGGCUGGACUCACCUUCAUCAUGUUUGGAGUUUCCAGCUUCCUGAUCUUCAGGAAGCUGAUGCUGGAGAAGGAGCUGGCCAGCAUGCUAUGGCGGAUACGCUGGGAGGACCUGCAGUUUGGUGGCUCAGAGCGCUACCACAAGGGGGCGGGCAGCCGACUCACUCUCUCGCUGCGCGGCUCCAGUUACGGCUCCCUCAUGACGGCCCAUGGCAAGUACCAGAUCUUUGCCAACACAGGACUCUUCAAGGGAAACGUGGUGGCCAUUAAACAUGUCAAUAAGAAACGGAUUGAGCUGACGAGGCAGGUGCUCUUUGAGCUCAAGCACAUGCGGGAUAUUCAGUUCAACCACCUGACCCGGUUCAUCGGGGCCUGCAUUGACCCCCCCAACAUCUGCAUCGUGACCGAGUACUGUCCUCGUGGCAGUCUGCAGGACAUUCUGGAGAACGAGAGCAUCAAUCUGGACUGGAUGUUCCGCUACGCUCUCAUCAACGACAUUGUUAAGGGCAUGGCCUUUCUGCACAACAACAUCAUUGGCUACCAUGGCAGCCUCAAGUCCUCCAACUGCGUGGUGGACAGCCGCUUCGUGCUCAAAAUCACGGAUUACGGUCUGGCCAGCUUCCGCCAGGGCCAUGAGAGUGAGGGCAACCAUGCGCUCUAUGCCAAGAAGCUAUGGACGGCUCCAGAGCUGCUGCAGAAGGGGACCCUGCUCCUGCUUCCCCCGGCCAUGCAGAAGGCGGACGUGUACAGCUUUGGGAUCAUCCUGCAGGAGAUUGCAUUGCGCAGCAGCGCCUUCUACGUGGAGGGCAUAGAGCUCAGUCCCAAGGAGAUUGUGCAGAAGGUGUGCAACAGCCAGCCGCCCUACUUCCGGCCCACCAUCGACACCCGCCUGCACAGCGAGGAACUAGGUGUCCUGAUGGAACGCUGCUGGGCUCAGCACCCGGCCGAGCGCCCAGAUUUUGCCCAGAUUAAAGUCUUCAUCCGGCGAUUCAACAAGGAAGGAAGCACCAGCAUUCUGGACAACCUGUUGUCGCGCAUGGAGCAGUAUGCCAAUAACCUGGAAAAGCUGGUGGAAGAGCGCACACAGGCCUACCUGGAGGAGAAGCGCAAGGCAGAGAACCUACUCUACCAGAUCCUGCCCCAUUCGGUGGCCGAGCAGCUGAAGCGGGGUGAGACAGUACAGGCUGAAGCCUUCGAUUGUGUCACCAUCUACUUCAGCGACAUUGUAGGGUUCACCUCCUUGUCAGCAGAAAGUACUCCUAUGCAGGUGGUGACACUCCUCAAUGACCUCUACACUUGCUUCGAUGCCAUCAUAGACAACUUUGAUGUCUACAAGGUGGAGACCAUUGGUGAUGCCUACAUGGUAGUGUCCGGCCUGCCUGUUCGAAAUGGCAAGCUCCACGCCCACGAGAUCGUCCGCAUGGCCCUCGCACUCCUGGAGGCUGUGAAGACCUUUCGCAUCCGGCACCGUCCCACUGAGCAGUUGCACCUGCGCAUCGGGGUCCACUCUGGGCCAGUGUGCGCGGGAGUGGUGGGCCUCAAGAUGCCACGCUACUGCCUCUUUGGGGACACAGUCAACACGGCUUCACGUAUGGAGUCCAAUGGCGAGGCCUUGAAGAUCCACAUCUCUGCCGCCACCAAGGAGAUCCUGGAUGAGUUUGGCUGCUUUCUGCUGGAGCUCCGGGGGGACGUAGAGAUGAAGGGCAAAGGGAAGAUGAGGACCUAUUGGCUGCUGGGUGAAGAGAAGACGGCCGUCAUCUGAGGGGGGCCCUCCCUCUGCAGGGACCCGGCAGCAGCAUCUGCUCCCAUG